AUGUCAUUGCAGAACCUACAAACCUUCGACCCAUUCGCAGAGGAAAGCGAAUUAGGAAGUGAAGGGAAGUUCGUCCAUAUUCGUAUUCAACAGCGUAAUGGACGAAAAACAAUAACGACAGUUCAAGGACUUCCUGAGAAGUAUGACAAGAAAAAAAUCCUGAAGCAAUGUAAACGGGAGUUCGCCUGCAAUGGAACCGUUGUUCAACAUGAACAGUAUGUUAUCCAGCUCCAAGGUGAUCAGCGUGAUCAGAUGAAAAAGUUUUUGUGUGAAUGGAAAUUGGCCACCCCUGAGGGAGUGAAGCUACACGGAUUCUAA